GACUGGGCAUACACUGAGUAACAGAUAACGAGCAAUGAACAUGGCAACAACAGCUACAUCAACACUCUCAUUAUCACUCAUUCUCUACAACCAUACUACAACAAUACCUUCAAUUCUCAAAAAUCCCAGAAAUAUAAUAUACCCAUCUCUUCGUUUUCUUGCUCCGGGUCAGCCCAGUAGUAAUGCCUCAUGUUCUUGGAAAUGUAAAAAAACCGAUAACUUUAAUGUGUUAUCAUGUUCAGAAAGUAAAGGGGUUGUGCAGAUUGUGUCUACAAACACAAGUUAUGAAGAUGAUGAGUUUGUGGUUGUCAAUUUUUACAGGUUUGUGUAUAUCAAGGACCCUCACCGUGAAGUUUCUGAACACCUCUCCUUCUUGCAGGGUCUUGAUAUACACGGUCGGAUAUACCUGAAUGAGCAGGGAAUCAAUGCCCAGUACAGUGGGCCAUAUAAAGACGCUGUUGCAUAUGUUAGAUGGCUAAAAGAUGAUGACAGGUUCUCUGAUAUACUGGUUCAGAUUUCUCAUUCUCAUAGUGGGCAUGCCUUUCCUAGAUUAAAGCUACGGUACAAACCUUCACUUGUGCAGUUGGAAGGAGGUAUUUCACAUCUUCCUUUGCUUGAUUUGUCAAUGAGAGCAAAACCAUUAACCCCAAUCCAGUGGAGGAGUAAAUUAGCAAAUGUAAAUAAGGAUUACCAAGGGAGUGCGAACCUCAAUACAACUUGUAUUCUAUUGGAUGUGAGAAAUGGUUAUGAAUGGGAUAUUGGCCACUUCUAUGGGGCAGAGCGACCUGACGUGGACUGCUUUAGGAGUACAUCUUAUGGACAAUCGGAAUCAGAGGAUAUUGAUUCAGAUCCUUUAGCUCGUGUUGACAAGGAAAAAACAGAAAUCUUGAUGUACUGUACAGGAGGUAUCCGGUGUGAUGUAUAUUCUGCUAUUCUCAGGCAGAGGGGCUUCAAAAAUCUGUACACUCUCAAGGGAGGUAUUUCUCAUUAUCUUUGGAGUGAAGGACCCGUAGAUUGGGUUGGGAAUUUAUUUGUAUUUGAUGCACGUCUUUCAUUACCACCCUCCUCCUACAAGGUGGAAAUUAAACCCGGAGAAUGCACAAAACAAGAAGUAUCCGGGAGUAGUUCAUUUGCUAAAUGUUACAUUUGUAGUUCACAACUCUCUGCACUGAGGCAUCGAAAUUGUGCAAAUCUUGACUGCAACCUGCUUUUCCUAUGUUGUGCAGGCUGCACAAACGGCUUAAAAGGAUGCUGCUGCCUGGACUGCACAUCUGCUCCUCGUCUAAGACCCGUGCUCAUUGGACAUCAAAGAUACAAGAAAUGGCAUCACUAUCGAGACAUAGAGAUGCAAAAUUCAUGACCAAUACAAUUAUUGAAAUAUCCCCCAGUUUUGGAGUGUGUUUUCUUGUCUGGUAUUAUAGCUUUUCAAUUAGCUGAGAAUUCCAUUAUUAAGUACGCAAAUGAUUUAGUUUAUUACUGUCAAAUGGUUAGGUUGCAAGGUUCGCUCCCAUUCAUACAAUUUUAGUAUUCCAUGUGCAAUCGAAGGUCGAAUGUGUUGUGUUAUGGGAGGAACAGGUGGAGAUUAAUACUUGUGAGAAGUCGGUGUCCUAGGAGGUGGUUUUUAAGGUUGUGAUAGGUCUAUCAGAAUGCGAUUUUGCUAAUCCGAUCACAGAUUUACAAUUAUCUCAAGUACCCCUCUGGUGACCCUAAUAAAGAGAGCUGUUCUUGUUGGGGUGAGAGUUGAAAAAGCAGACUAUUAUUAUUGUAUCCUAAUGGGGAACUCCUUGGUCUUGUUCUUGUGUUUUUGAUUGAUAUCUUAAUGGAUACUUCUGAGCUCUGUUCUCAGCAUAGAUUAUAACA